GUGAGCAAGUUCAUUAAGUUCGCUCAUCCUCUGUUUGCUCUCUCCCGUAACAGGUUUAGGCCUGUACCUAAUAUAUCUGAGAGACAGCUGUUAUAAGAUAACAGGACAUAAUUGGCUCGCUCCCCGGAACAUGCUAUAUGAUGACUGAGGAGCAUAUCUCUAAACUCAUUAAAUAGAGGCCAGCAUAUCUCUAAAUUCAUUAGACAGACCAGAUGGCCACAUAGACUCCCACUCCAUGGGAACAGCAAACAAAGUGAAGGUCAACAUUUUUAAAAAAAAACUAUACCAUGUUGAUUUGGUCACAAUUAAAUCCAAUUAUGGGACUAAUGGCAUAAUGCCCAUAACCUUGACCGGAAAAAACCUCCCUAAAGGUGAUCAUGUUUGGGAACAAUUAUGUUCAACCGAUAUAUGGUUAUAUAACGGUAAAAGGUGGAGCCUAAAGCCCCCACCUUUGGUUUGCCCAAAUACUGUAUAAAAGAGCAUGUAACUCUUUGUCUCAUCAGAAGAUUGGAUCCUUCUGGCUGAACUUGGCUGAUUUUUCAAGACAAUAAAAGAGCAUCUUAGAACUUUGAAGAACUCCGUCUUCUCCUUUUUUUAACUCAGGGCACUCGUCUGUUUUUACCUUCUUUCUUUUGAACUUAGAACCUUUGUAGUGAUGCAUGACUAGAUAACUUUUAAAGAGUCUAUUGUAAGCUAGCCCAAGGCUUCCCUUAAGGGAGGCCAAGAGUCGUCAGAUUACGAACGACAUUUGGCGCCCAACUAAAAGGGGCCUCGAAAAGAGCCCAUACAUAGUAACGAUUAGAGACCAGCAGCAGUGACAUCGUGAAGAAGACAAUCCUCUUCAAAUCCUGAAGGACAGUUUCCUUUUAGAAAGCCUCAAUCAACUGGACACAGUCCCACUUGAGGAGAAAACGAGAGACUAACGUGGCGACACCCUUCACGCAGAAACAGAUAAGAGUAUAUUUUACUCCUUCUUAACUCAUUCAUCAUGGGUGGUAAAAAUACCAAGACUUGCAAAAAUGAAGUAGACCCAGUACAGCUCCUUAUUGAAAAAGGGGUUGGCACUUAUGCUGAACUUACUCAGUGUAUGGCUAGGUGGCAUAAACUGACAGCUAAGGCUGAUAAACAAUGGCCCCUUGCAGGGACCUUUGACACAGAGCUGUGCAACAUGAUACAUGCCUUAGAGCAAGAAUCUUAUGUAUGGAAUAGCCGACAGAGAAUUAAACAGCAGCGCAGGCUGAUUUUGCUGAGAGCAUUUAUGGACCAUGGCCCUAAGCCAACUAAUGCCCCGACAAGCCCUACCAGUCCCAUUCCAAUUCCAGAGAGACCUCCACCAUAUGCCUCUGAACGCACACCGACUACAGGGAUUUACCCUGCAAUGGCACAGGGCUGGCCAGAUGCUUCAAUUGAAUUAAAAGGAACCCUGAGCUUUGAGAGAACAUCAGAUGAGACAAGUGACCCACCAACUGCCACACCUGCGACCACACAAGAAGCUGGAGAAGGUUGCAGUAAAUACACACCCAAACCGCUAGCACCAACCUGGACAAGACCAAGCCCCGCUCAAGACACACCCACUGCAGGUGGCCCCUCGAUGCACGAGGAACAGAUGAGUGGUGAGACCACACCAAAGAGCAACUAUGAAAGCAGCAUGCACGAGCCCUCUGUUAGAGCCAAAGAACCAAGAUCACGCACCCCAGCUGAUGAAGAACAUCCUUCAGAUACUGAAGAACAAUGUUCUCAAGUGCGAUUCCUAACAGCUCCACUACAGCGGAGAGUUACUGGCGUAUUGGAAAUAGAGCCUGAAGCAAGCGCCAGACAGCGACGAGACAACUUUGAGGACACGUAUAACAAAACGGAGAAGGCUAUAGAAGAAGAACUCAAAAAACUAAUUAAUAAAGGUGUCCCAAAGAACUCAACCACCUCACACGUUGCACACGGCCUGCGUAGAAGCCGAUCUAUUGAGCUGCAAAGUCCAGUAAUGCAGGAUGAACUUGCUGACUCAGAUUUCCCUCGCACGGACUCUGAAGAGGAUGAGGAUCUAAUUGGCUGGACAGCGACUCUUGACCGAACACAUACCCAAGGUCCAAGACGCUCUGAACGUAUAAGGCAGAGACUGAGGUCCCACCAGCUUAGACCGUCCAAGUCAUCCCAUUUCUUCCCCAUCAUUGCCCAGGGCCUGGGUAAUUCAUAUGUGCCCUGGUCCUUUAUGGACUUGAAAGGCCUGGUUGAGCAACUACCGAACAUAACCACAGGAGGGCAGAAGUGGAUCACUGCUUUUGAAGACAAGACAUCAGGCUAUACUAUAGCCAUUGGAGACAUAAAGGCUAUCCUGUCACAUUCCGUUGGAAAAACCAAAAUGGAGGACAUAUUUUCACUGGCCAAGUACAGAAACCUGGCAACAAAACAAUGCUUUGAAGACAUACCUUUCAACGCCUACCGAAACAAAAUCUGGGAUGCCAUUCGUGAAGAAUUCCCAACUGAUAUGGAUCCAAGUCAACUGGAUUCACUUGAACUGAAACCUGACACCCCUGCCAUUGAAUACAUCACCAAUUUUCAAAAGAAAUGGCUAGAAGAAACGGGUACUGCUUGGAACUCUUCCAACCAGUGUCUGUUUAAGAUGAUGCUGAGAAAAAGCUUGCCCAAGGAAGUGCAAGAUGCACUUGAUGAGGUCGUGGGUCUAAAUAAUAUGGAUUGGAACAUGUUUAAAGAUCACAUCGUCCAUCAUGCGGAGCGAUACAAGAAAAAGAAGGCUCAGAAUAAAGAAGAGUUGGAGAAAAUAGCUUUGCAGCUACAAAGAGCACAGCUGACAGAGUUGAAGAAGAAAGAUAAGAAACUAGCUGACCUCAUGGCAGUGGUGGCCUCUGAUAAACCCAAAGCACCAAAUGCGACUGAUCAGAUUUUACCUGUACUGACCACACAAGCAUCUGUACAACAACCAAUGCAAAAUCCACAGGUGAUGCAGCCACAACAAGUUGUUCCUGCAACUCAGACGUUUCCUGCACCUACAACACCAAUGAUGCCAAUCAAUGCAAUGCUACAAAACCAAAGCAUGCAGCCCAGCGCUGUCCAGACUACCAACCCCAAUCUCAACCAACUCCAACAACCUGUGCCACCUGUUAAUGUUUAUGUUAACACAGGAUUGGGCAACAGGGGAGGACUCAGAGGAAGAGGAAGAAGUAGAGGCCGUGGGAUGCCAAGACCUAAUAACAACCCAUUCGGCAUGCCUAAUGCGCAGACCCUGGAUCAAUUAGACACAUUUGACAUUUCAGGCCAAAAAUUCCAACAGGGUCAAGGAUACCAACAAGGUCAAAACUACCAGCAAGGCCAAGGCUAUCGACAAGCUGGAGCUUCUCCUGUUUGUUACACAUGUCACCAACCUGGCCACUACUCAAGAAACUGUCCGAAUGCUGGAUGGUUCUGAAGAUGCCCGGAAAGCCUUGAGGGGGAGAAUAUUCAAUUGGCAGUAUCAAAUUCGUCUAGUAGUGACCCAAAAGUACAGGUUAAAAUUAAUGGUGAGAAAAACAUAUUGUUCUUAAUUGAUACAGGAGCCACCCACUCCGUAAUUGGUCCAGAAGGAGUAAAUCUUCCCCUGUCCUCUCAUCAACUAAGGGCACAAGGCUUUUCAGGGAAAACGCAAACAUUAAGAUUUACAGAACCUGUACACCUAACCAUAAAUGAGCAAACUGUGGUAGCUCCCCUAUUAUAUUCAGAAGCAUGCCCAGCUAAUCUCCUAGGUAGAGAUAUACUAUGUAAAUUGAGGGCAGAUAUCAGAUGUUCACCCACUGGAUUGUGUAUAGACUUCCCAACCCCAGUAUACCAGAUGUACAUAAAAGCAAAAGAGGGAAGACCAAUCAAAGACUUGCCAACAGUUUAUUGGCUAAGGCUAGUAGAUAACUUACUUGACAGGCUCUACCACAAGUGGGAGCCUUGGAUCGAGAGUCAUAGACCUGACAUGAAAAAGGUGUCAGAUGAUCUGCAUUGUACUCUUUUGUACGAUCAUGAUAACUCACAGACUGAAUAUGAUGCAUGUUGGCAACAGUGCCUACAGGGCAAAUCAAUCACAUUAAGAACAGGAGAUAUGAUCAUAGGUCCCCAAGGAGUCGCUGUAGAAGCUAUUUUGGAUGACAACUUGUUACAAUGGUACAAGGUUGAGAAUUCUGUACCACAUGUGUCUCUUAUGGUUGCUAAAUACAAUCAACCAAUGGACUUAGGUCCGAUGGUGUUGGCUAGCAAAAAGAUGACAUGGAUUGAAACAGAUGAUCAGUGUGUCUUCGAAUCGGCUGAUCGAACAUACUAUAAAAUAACCACCAAGUCUGUUAAUAGAACAAUAGCUGAAAAGGUUGCUGUGGAUAGAUUAGCACCAUAUAUUCAAGCUAAACUAACCCAGGAACAGGAAGAACUGUUAAAGGCGGUACCUGAGCAAUUGUGGACCCAACACCACACUGAUGUAGGCUUUAUUAGAUCUGUAGAGCCAGUCCAAGUGACUCUUAAGCCAAACGCCAGAUUACCUUACCAAAGACAAUACCCACUGAGUAAGGCUGCGUUUGAGGGUAUUAAGCCAACGAUUGAGGGCUUGUUACAGGCAGGAGUCCUAGUACAAACAACCAGUCGAUGCAAUACUCCAAUUUACCCUGUGAAAAAACCCAACUCUGAUAAAUGGCGCUUAGUACAUGACUUGAGAGCUGUAAAUGCUGUUGUGGAAGGCGAAACUCCUGUAGUGCCUGACCCACACACCCUACUCUCAAAUAUCCCUUUUGAUGCUACGUUUUAUAGUGUUAUUGACCUCUGCUCUGCAUUUUUCAGCAUUCCACUCGAUGAGCAAUCCAGAUUUUUGUUCGCAUUUACAUAUGGAGGCAAACAAUACACUUACACCCGCAUGCCACAAGGCUUUAGUGAAAGCCCCAGCAUAUUUAACAAAACAGUAGCACAAGACCUAGGUGACAUUGAAAUCAACAGUACAUUGAUUAUGUAUUUUGACGAUCUGCUAAUUGCUUCCAAAACUAAACAGGAAUGUGAGGAAGAUACAAUAACAGUCUUAACCAAAUUGGCAGAGAAAGGCCAUAAGGUUAGCAAGGCCAAAUUGCAAUUUUGUGCUGAGGAAGUAGACUACCUUGGCAGACGCUUAAAAGGAAACAAGCGCACAAUUAUGCCAGCACACAUUAAAACCAUCCAAUCUGCUCCUAAACCAAUUACUGUAGGCCAAAUGCUCACAUUUUUAGGAAUGGCUGGGUACAGUCGCCAAUGGAUUUGUGACUUUGCACUUAAAGCCGCCCCCCUCAGGAGAUUGGUAAAAGCAGCCGGACAGAGAAACCUUAAAGGAAUCUUGGUUUGGGAUGAGGAAGCUGAACAAGUUUUUAUGCAGAUCAAGCGUGAUCUGUGCAGUGCUCCUGCAUUGGCCAACCCAGAUUACUCAAAACCUUUUGAACUUUUUGUGUCUGUAAAGAAGGGGUUCGUUAAUGCUGUCUUAAGACAACUGUCAAACCCCAUACAGGGCUACACUCAAGCGAACACCAUAGCCUACUUUAGUACACAGCUUGACAAAAUUGAACAAGGCAUGCCACCUUGCUAUCAAGGUUUGGCAGCAGCAGCAUAUGCCUUUGAAAAGGCUACUACAAUUACCAUGGGAUACCCAGUUACCAUGUAUACCAACCAUUGCCUACAUACUUUGUUAACAUCUAACUCCUUCGUGCUGACAAAUGCCAGACGCACAGGCUACGACGUUAUCCUGUCUGCACCUGAACUAACCAUUAAACGAUGCAACAAAAUUAAUCCAGCUGACAAGAUACCACUCCCGACGGAGGGAACUCCACAUGACUGCGAACAACACACUUCAGACUUCUUGAAGCCUAGGCGUGACUUAGCAAGUGAGCCCUUGACGUACAAUGACUUGAUUCUUUUUGUUGAUGGUUCCUGCUUUAGGGGACCAGAUGGCAACCUAGCUGGUUUUGCCGUAGUAAAUUACGAUCAGACCACUAAUCAAUUUGUGACUCUUUUUAAAGCUAGUGUACCACAACCAUGCUCAGCCCAAUUGGCAGAGCUCAAAGCUUUGACAACUGCUUGUCAAUUAGCUAAAGGUAAACAAGCGACUGUGAUGACUGAUUCGGCGUAUGCCCACGGGGUGGCGCAAGUGUACGGAUCUAUCUGGGCCCAGCGCGGGUUCGUACGAGCUGACGGUACCGAAAUUGCACACGGACAGGCCAUUUCAGACCUCUUAGAAGCUAUCUUGCUUCCUGACAGACUUGCCAUUGUUAAAUGUGCUGCUCAUAGACAUGACGAUUCUCUGAUUACCCAGGGCAACAAUAUGGCUGACCAGGAGGCUAAGGAUGCUGCUACCGUAACAUUGCAGUGCCCUGCCCAAUCCCCAGACAGACUCCAAUUGGCUGAGGAACAACUAACUGAGCUUACACCAGACUUAACUAGCUUAAGUGAGUGCCAAGAGAAUGCAAGUAUCUAUGAGAGAAAUGUUUGGAUUAAAAGAAGAGCUAAACCAGAAAAUGGUGUCUGGUACGGCCCAAAUGGCCUGCCAGUAGCUCCCAUAUCCUUAUUAAAUAUCCUGAUUGCUGAUGCACAUGGCAUAUCUCAUGUCCACCGGAAAGAAAUCAUUAAACAAAUUAAGGCUGAGUGGUGGACCCCAUAUUUGGUUCUCACUGUAGACCAAUUCCUUAACCAUUGUGCUGUCUGUAUACAGUACAAUUUCAGGAAAUCUUUGACUGCUCCAUUAGGACACAUCCCUGUUCCUGAUGGCCCCUUCAGACACUUGGUAAUGGAUUACCUAGAUAUGGGAAAACCCGUUAGAGCAUUCCGCUACAUUAUAGUAGUCACCGACAGAUUCAGUAGAUGGACUGAAGCUCAAGCAACUCAAAAAGAAACAGCCACUGCAGCUGCUAGAUUCCUGAUUCGAGAGGUGAUUCCUAGAUUCGGAGUACCAGAUACGAUUAGUUCAGAUAACGGUUCGCAUUUUGCCAACAAAGUUAUCGCAGCCAUAGCCAGAUCACUUGGCAUUAAACGUAGGCUUGGCUGUGUCUACAGACCACAGAGCCAAGGCAUUGUUGAAAGGCAGAAUGGAGUCUUAAAGGCAAAGAUUGCCAAGAUCAUUGCGCACAGUGAAGGAAAAAUCAAUUGGCUAGAUGCCUUACCGCUAGCUUUGAUGAGCAUGAGAAUGACCACAAAUAGAGUGACCAACCUAACACCACAUGAGAUGGUGACAGGCAGACCAAUGCCAGUUACGUACCUUAGAGCACCAUAUCAAGGCCCUAGUCUUGAACAGCUCCAAGCUGAACUUCAUGAUUAUGUCACAUGCCUUACCAAAAUUCACAGAGACUUAUUUGCCCAAGCGAAAGGAGCUAGUGUUAACAGAUCUGCUGAGAUUGACAGCUCGCUGACUGAACUGCUCCCUGGAGAUUAUGUAUAUGUCAGAGUACACAAAAGGCAGUGGGAUCAACCCAGACGGGAGGGCCCUUAUAAGGUAGUUUUGGCCACACCCACUGCUGUAAAAGUGGAGGGAAAGACUGUUUGGUUCCAUCUGAACCAUUGCUCAAGAGCCCCUCCAUUUUACCGACCCCCACAACAAUCUGAUGUGCAACCACCACAGCAAACUGAUGAACAACCUGCUGAACAAGCACAAGGUGACCCUGCUCCUGUCUCACCUAGGGCAGGACCAAGUGGAUACCAGAUCCUGACUAGACAACGUGCACGUCUAACUCCUCCUGACCCGGGCUCAGAAUCCGAUUAAAAGCUACAUCACUGCCGACCUUAAACAUCAGACACACUGCAAUUGACAUCAUUCGAGGAAGAAAUGCCUCCAUGGCAUCCUUUUAGGCAUCCUGGUCUUUGCGGACUAAAAGGUACCACCCUUAUCUUCAUCAUCAUCUCUUGCAUCAUUGUUUUUGCUAUUCUUUUCACGGAACAAUCUGCACAUACGCCUUCCACGGAAUCUGAACUUUGUGCUAACUGUUCCAUUGAACCAAAUACUACUGGACAGUACUGAUUAAGUACUUGGACCUUUUUCUUGUUUCCUUUCGUAUUUUUGUUGUGUACAUUACCUUCAUUGUGUGAUUUGUGUAUGCUUUUAACCGAAUUCCACCUGAUGAACCCCUGUCAAGCUUUUCAUAUUCCGACUCUCCCCUAUCCAUUACCUGUCUUUUCCUUUUUCAAAGACCUGCCUUUAUAUUUGAUCAAAGCUGACAUCUCUAUAGCACACACAUUCAUAGCACAAUCCUCUAACCAUUCCGGACCAAAUGGUAUAGUAGAUACUGGUUUGGAAACAUACACUAAUUUUAUCCCUUUUCUGGAAUCAACCCUAUUGAUUAACCCUGAACACCUUUUAGUUGCUGAAAUAAUUAGACCAAACUUUACUACCGCCAUUGUCUGGUAUUUUGCCACUCCAGGUGAUAGCACGUCUUUAAGUCGCAGACAAUACUUUCGUUCAUUCGCCACAAGCAAGUCCUCACUACUAGAGUACUGUUGUCAUUGGAUUGCAUCCUAACUAUGCUACUCACACAAAUCCAGACUAAGAGUCUUGACCUUUGGAGGUCCCAUAAAGACCACUUUUUACUUGGGUUGACAGUAAUAAUGGCAGCCUUCAUCACUUCUGCAUUAGGUGCUCUACUCAUAGCUAUGCUAUGUAACACUUACCAAACUACAACUCCCAUCCAAAAGGUUGACGAUUCUACUCGAACUAUCUUUAAACGCUCACUUGACACCAACAAAUACAGACGUUCCAUUGUCCAUCAGACUUGGUCUGAAUUGGGCAAUCGCACGUGUGAACGAUACUGUCCCUAUGUCGACCCAACAGUUUGUAUGUCCGCUUCCAACCUGUCCCCAUCCUUUGCUUACGCGAACAUUUACUUCGAAUGGACACAAUAUCGCCAAUCCGACUACAAAACAAUUAAAAAACGCUGUUUGGCAUCACCUGCCAAUAUCUGUGACCAACCUGCUAACUGUUUCAAUUCUGCGCGCCUUAGGAGACGCCCAUCUAAGCCUUUGCAUUGCAGCUUAGCUUUAUUAAUGUCAUACUUCCUGACUACUACUCCCUCCAUGCACAACAGAUACACCUACUUUCAAGUUGAAUAUCGGUCUAUGACCUCAGUAGCAUUCCUAAUUGACACUAAAGGUAAAUUUUCCCUGAAGGCUUAUCCAAUCGGCUCUAACUGCUCACAUCAGGCUCAAUAUACUUUAAAUGCCUUCUGCGAGCCUCUAAUCUGCUACGAACAAGCCCGCCUGAACAGGACUCCACGAGCUGUGGUACAUUCCUGGGAGGCACAGAGAUUGUUUACAUUUGAUUCCUUAGACCCUAAUGACUUACCUGAUACAGAUAAUGACCCUGGUGUUGUGAUUUCCCAAUAUGCUGAUCAGAAUAUGUUCUAUCAAUAUUUGACCUACACAGCCCAAUCAGUUGCUUCAACUGACUGUUUUGCUUGUCACAAUGGUAACAGUGUCCCAACUAUCACCCCAAUAGAUGGUUUAGAUAUUGUCACUAACACAACAGUUCCCUCUCCUCUGCAAUGCUUGAUGUCUUCAUUGACCAUUCCCAACCAACACUCCGCUGUUGAUCCAAGAUGUACUGAUGUUGAUGGUCCAAUUGUACCACCACCUCCAGUUAUACGUGAUACUGGAGCUCAGUACCCAUUUUGUUUUUGUAGGGCCAAUGCACGACACAACCUUCCUGAACUUGACAACAGGUGUCGUAUUAGACUUAAUUCCACUGGUACUGAUAUACUCACAGGAUAUAGAUAUCUUAGGGUUAACUUAGCUAACGGUACCCUCCCCCUAGCUGAUCUUUUCUGGAUAUGUCAUUCAGACACUAAACUGCUCCAGUCCCUUACUAACUCGUGGACUGGCUGUUGUGCACCUGUCACUUUAACCGGUUCUGUUUCAGUUAUGACCUUUGGUGAUGCUUUACCCAGACACAAACGUGAUCUUUAUUCUGACAUUUCAGAUGUACAGAAUGUUCCUGAGCUCAAUUACCUAGGCAUCCCUGUAAAAAUUCCCAAAGAACACUUGGUUAUGAGUGAUGGUAGCAUUGGAGCCACAGGUAUACUGUUUGCUGGACUGCAAGCCUAUAGAAAUGGCCACUGGAUUAAUUACAUUUGGUACAACCAACAGAGAUUUCUUAACCACACCAUUACUGCCUUAGAGGCUCUUGGUGAGCAAUUGGAUGCAACUUCUAAAAUGACCCUUCAAAACAGAUUCGCUAUUGACCAAAUGAGAGCACCUGAUGAUGGUGUCUGUGUUCUGAUUGGUGACGAAUGUUGUUCCUAUAUUCCCUUACAUACUGGUUCUGAUGGUAAUUUUACUAAAGUAAUGUCCAAACUUAGAAACCUGCGUGAUGAACAUGUUAGAAACACUCAAGCUGCACAAGACUCCUGGUUUAACUGGCUAUUUUCUGGUCAAUGGAAAGCUCUUUUAAUGAGAUUGGCUAUGAUGCUUUUAUAUGUCAUCUUGAUUUUGAUGUUUGUGGCAUGUUGUGUUGUACCUUGUUUGAGAUUGUUGAUUGAACGAACUGUUUCAUCUAUCUCUGGACAAUAUGCUGUUUUCCAUGCGUCUGUUGACUCAUCAGCGGGACUUGAAGUUAUUUGUCAAAUGGGCCAGGGCAUGUCCCCGGACAAUUAAUGCAACUGCGCCCUCCGGGUCAAGGUGAAGUGCUAGUAACCUCUCCCUUGACCUACACCGUGCCUUUCCACGUGGCGCAAAGUCACAAAAGGCAGAAGACGUCUUCAACUACCAUUUGGUUUUGUGUUUUUAUCCCUUUGCCUUUGAAUGAUUCUCCAUGUAAAUGGACUAUUUAAUCCUACACCCUUGUUUCUCACCUGUCCCAAGAUUCCAUAAUAAUUGGUUGUGUUUAUACCUUUACAAGUGUGCCUUUCACUGUCUGGUGAAAUGUUUUACAGUUACAUAUGUGUAUUGUGCCUAAGGGGGGACAUGCUUAUUUGGAUCUUUCUUACCUACUGCUCGUGUUCCCAAAUUCCUCUGAAGAGGCGGAGCCCCUUGACUGUGCAUUGUCUUGGUAACGCUACACAUUCCCAUAGGGGACCUAUCAGGUAGCUUUUCCAGGCAGCGACCAAACAGACUGGUAUUUCCCCAUCAGUAUAGCGCCUUGGCUCUAGGGGGGUUUGCCAUUCUUGCCUUUGUGCUGGGGUGGUAUGCCUUAACCCUUGGAUCUUGAGGUAGGCGACUGCAUGUGGGGCCUUGUCGGGUUGCUUUGCCAGGUGCCAUGUUUGACGUGCCUUUCUAUGCUCAAUUAUUCGCCAGUUACCAGCGAGGAGACAAGGGGAAUGUGGGGUUGUUUAAUCAGAUACUUAUGUCACUUUUGACAAAAGCAUUUCAAUACUUGAUAUGCGUAAUUCGGACCUGUUUGACCCUCCUUGUGGACAAUAUAUUAAUAUGGAACUUAACCAUGUAUUCGACAUAUCUAUCAUAUGUAACCCAAUCAUGUUAUCCAUUAUGUAAUCCAUUUGAAAGUGUGCAUUUUCAUACCUUUUGUAGUAAUUACACCACCUUUAUUCAUUUGUUUUGGUGUCAUGUAGCUGAAUAUAUAACCAUGUAUUUCUUACUAUUCUGUCAUGUUUACUCACCCAUAUACAUAAGAAUGUGCCAAAUCAAUGUGGUUUAAAAAUGGACUUGGGACUCAAAAUAUUUACGAGCACGUAACUCACUUACAAUAAAAUAAUUAAAACUCUACUAAAGUCUUUAUGCUCUGAAAGACAGCCUAAAAUACCAAAUUAUCCCAUCGUUGUUCCGUGGGACUAAAUCCCACGGAAGGGGGGAAUGUGGGGCCUAAUUUAGGAUAUUGAAGAAGCAUAUGUGUACAUUUCAUAUACUGAAGCACACUGGCCUCAUGUGAGCAAGUUCAUUAAGUUCGCUCAUCCUCUGUUUGCUCUCUCCCGUAACAGGUUUAGGCCUGUACCUAAUAUAUCUGAGAGACAGCUGUUAUAAGAUAACAGGACAUAAUUGGCUCGCUCCCCGGAACAUGCUAUAUGAUGACUGAGGAGCAUAUCUCUAAACUCAUUAAAUAGAGGCCAGCAUAUCUCUAAAUUCAUUAGACAGACCAGAUGGCCACAUAGACUCCCACUCCAUGGGAACAGCAAACAAAGUGAAGGUCAACAUUUUUAAAAAAAACUAUACCAUGUUGAUUUGGUCACAAUUAAAUCCAAUUAUGGGACUAAUGGCAUAAUGCCCAUAACCUUGACCGGAAAAAACCUCCCUAAAGGUGAUCAUGUUUGGGAACAAUUAUGUUCAACCGAUAUAUGGUUAUAUAACGGUAAAAGGUGGAGCCUAAAGCCCCCACCUUUGGUUUGCCCAAAUACUGUAUAAAAGAGCAUGUAACUCUUUGUCUCAUCAGAAGAUUGGAUCCUUCUGGCUGAACUUGGCUGAUUUUUCAAGACAAUAAAAGAGCAUCUUAGAACUUUGAAGAA